AUGUCACAGCCAAAGACCUGGUUCGUAGUAGGAGCAUCUCGAGGCAUUGGCUUCGAGUUCGUGAAGCAAGCUCUUGAGCGAGGAGAUCGAGCAUUCGCCACUGUCCGCAACCCCGAAGCGAAACACGAAGCUAGCUACUGGACCAAGAACACCAAUGUCAAGCCAGAGCAAUGUAUGACGCUGGCGUGUGAUGUGCUGAGCGAGAAGAGCAUCGAUGAUUGCAUCAGAGCAUUGUCGGAUACUGGUUGCUCUCGUAUAGAUCAUGCUAUCAUCAACGCUGGUGUCUUGAAGUAUCCGAACCGAGCAACAGAGAUCUCGUACGACGACUUCGCCUUCCACCUCCAUAGCAACACCAUCGGUCCAGUAAUCUGUGCUCAACGUCUUCUGCAGACUAAAGUCUCAAUCGGCUCAAUUACCUUCAUCUCCAGCGACUCUGCUUCAGGCACGCAGUUCAACAGCUACGAAGACGGGUUUGGCGCGUAUGGCGCCUCGAAAGCAGCAUUGAAUCAGAUGGCUCGACAUAUGGCCGAGGAGCUAAAGCGGAAAAGCAAGCCUACUACGAUACUGAUGUUGCAUCCUGGUGAGGUAAACACCGAUAUGGCCACGAAUAUCGAAUUGCCUUGGGAGAUUGAGGCGGAACAAUUGAGCCCGGAGGAUAGUGUCAGAGCUUGUGUGAACACGAUUGAGAGUAAAGGCCCGCAGGAUACAGGCUCAUUUUGGACGUGGGAUAAUCGGACUCAUCCCUGGUGA